AUGCUCGAUUUUUCACCCCAAUUUCAGAUUCACUUUCACGCACAUACCCUAGCCCCUACUCCUUCUGGUGAUUCCUCCUCGAUUUGCAGGUGGUUCGGAGACGCGGACGAGGGCCACAGUGACGACGGUCUUUUCUUCCUCAACCUUGAGCAAUUCGGAUAUGUGGGCCACUUCCGCAGAUCAGACAACACUGUGAAGCAGUGUCGGGCCGACUUUCGCUGUCGAGUGAGAAGAGGCGAAGAACUGUGUGCGUGUGCUUUGGGGCUAGGGUUCGGCUGUGUUCUUCAUUUCGUCGACUCCGAGGCACGGCUUCCACCACGUGCGGCGACGACCAAGGCAACCGCGUCGAAUAGUUGCUCGCCUGGAAGCCCUAAUUUUGCCGCCCAAGUAGAAGUCAGCGUCAACGAAAGGACGGCGGUCGACAGUGUUUCAACAAGUCAAAGCGACGUGCAACGACGUGUUAGCCAGGCGGGUCGUAGCAACGCCAACAGCUGGUUACGUUUUUGUGUCUCCAUCGGAUGUCCGACGAGGAGCCGUGUAGCAGGCCUCGGUAACUGUCAGGCUUCUUACGAUCCGAUUUGCGAGGAGGUGAAAAAACCGUUCACCCCUCCUAUUGCUUCCACUUCGACCGUCAUGUGUUGCAAAUGGAUGUAA